AAUUUAAAUAUUUGAAAUGUAAUUCUAACCUAAAAUGUUUUGACUUAUAAAAAAACAUUCUGAAAAUGUUUUAUUGUACCUGUUUAAUUAUUACGAAAUGAAUUUAAUUUUUUAGGUAUUAAUAUAGUAAUAGUAAUAAGUUAAUUACUAGAAUUUCCAACAAUGGACAAUGCUACUGAUGAUGAGGAUAUAUCCUUUCGUCUUGGGGAAUUAUUUGAGAGUUAUGAAGAACUUGAACAAAAAUUGGAAAAAUUUUCAAGACAAAGUCUUGUACAUUAUUGGAGACGAGACAGUAGAACGGUAAAUGGUGCUCAUAUGAAAACAGCACGUCCAAUAAGUGCAAGAUUAAAAUAUUAUUCUGUUAAAUAUGCAUGUAUUUAUGGAGGACAAAAAUUUCUUCCACGAGGAGCUGGAAGAAGACAAUCUCAAUCUAUUAGAACUAAUUGUCAGGCUCAUAUUAUGCUGAGAGCUUCUAAAGAUGGGACAAAAUUGGAAGUAACGAGUGUAAAUAAUGAGCACAAUCAUGAAAUUUCGGAGGAAUUAUUUAAAAAUUUGCCACAAGAGAGAAAACUUUGCGGUGAAAUAAAACAGGAGGUUCAAGAUUUAAUGCAACUUCAUAUAGAUAGAAAACGUUUAAAGGAAUAUGUACGAUUGCGAACAAAUAAAAUAUUACGCUCAAAGGAUUUAUUUAAUAUUGCCGCUGCAAAUAAACAUAAAAAAGAAAUUACACCCGAACGUGCUUAUCAAUUAUUUAAAAAAAUUCAUGAUAUUGAAAAUAUACAAAAAAAAGAAUUUAUCGAAUCCGAGGAUGAAAUGACACAUACAAUUAAAAGAAUGAAAACCGAAAAGGAUACGCCAUGUUGGGCUCAAAAUAGUUUAUCGGUGGAAUUAGAAACGAGUGAAGGAAAUGACGUUGAUGAUACUUAUUGUGAUCCUCUAAUGCAAGAAGAGUCAGUUGAUGAAAUAAGCAAUGGAGAAAGUCAAUUGGUUAGUGCCACAAGAGAUACGGAUAUGAUAAGUGUUAAUGGAGAAAUUGUCGGUGAAUUAGUGAUGGAAGACGGGGAUCCUUCUGUUAUAGUCGAGUCAAUUGUUAAUGCCGAUGGUUCGGUAUUUGUUGACGAGAGAGAAUUCAAUACCUAUCCAUUAUCUUCCAGUGUACAUGAUAGUCAAUCUCCAAAUCGUGAAGUCCUGUCUCCAGAAACAAUUACAACACAAAUGGAUGAUGAGAAAAUAAAGAGAAUUAAUCCCAGUUCAUCGCCAUCGUCGUCGACACAUUUUGUGCAAAAAAUUCUAUCAAAUAGAUCAUCACCAAAUCAUCCACUUCAUGAUUCAGAGAAAAUUUGGGUUGUUAAAGAGGGUACAACAUUGGAUACAGAAGCCGAUAGCGGAGCCGAAAGUGAAGCAAAUGGUGUAAAAACAAAUAUAAUAAAUCAAGAAACAAAUAAUAUUCGUGAAAUUAUGAUAGCGGACGAAAGAGAACCACUUUUGAUACAUCAAAAAUUAGCUGUUCUUAAAGCGGAAGAAGAAAAAUUAUUUCAUGAAACUGAAAUGAUAAAAUUGAAAAAAGAAAAAUUGAGACUUGAAAUCAAACUUUUACAGUCAAAAGUAAUGGAAGAUACUAAUGAUGUUUCUCAUUAUAUUUUUGUGCCUUGAGUUAAUCAAACUCUAAAUGACUAUAAAUAUAGAGUGCGCAGAAAAAUUUUAUUGUGUAAAUUUUUGAAAAUUAGACGCACAAGUGAUGUAUAUAUAUAGAGGUUAAUAUUAUUAAUGAGGCUGUUUUAGAACUAUUUAUUAUGUACAGCUAAAAACUAUUUCAUUUGCAGUUAAUUUUCAUUUUUUUCUCCAUCAUAAAAAAAAGAGCACUUUAAUAUUUUUCAUCUAAUAAAUAGAUACAAAGUGAUUAAAAUAAAGAAUAGAAUAUUUCAA